UUUUUUCGUUGUAGUCAGUUUGAAUUCUCUGUAUUUUCUGAUUGAAUUGUUGUGGGCAAACAUUUAUAUUAUAUAAAUUCAUGUAUCAAAUUUUAUGCAUUUUUAUAUGCGUUGUGGAUGCAAGUGCGGAGUUAUGUACGUGUAUUCGCGCGACCGAUCUCCCAUUGUCACGCCAACUGCUCAGACGGCAAUUCGUUUCUGAACGCUUCGUAACGGAAGGGUUAAAAUAAACUGAUUUUUAUACACAGCAUUUUGUCUACUGUGUGCCUGAUUCAUAGACGAAGGUCAAGAAUUUCAUUUUUACAAAUAAAAACGUGUAUAAAACAAGUCGUUUUAAGAAGGUUAUUAUUAUAACCUUGUACGAAAGAAGAUACUUCCUAUUGUUAUAGCAAAAAUAAUUUAUCUAUAAAUUAUAUAGUAAAAUAUAUUAAAAGCAAGAUUUUUAUCUUAAGUGUAUAAAGCAAUGGAAAUUUCUGAUGAAGAUUUGUUUUCUUCACUUCAUUCGGUUGAUAAUUACUCAGAGCAAGUAAUUAACAUGUCAUUACCAUUACCAAAGCCAAAACCUAAAGGUUCUAAUGCAAAAUACAAAAAAAUCCAAGAUACUAGUUGUUAUAUAUUCAGGAAAAGAUUAAGAAGUAAUAGGUUGAAACAAUUGUUAAGAAGAGGAGAUACAUUAGAGGAUUUGUGUAAAUUAUUGUGUAAGCCAGUUAUUGUGAACGUUACAAAAUUAUCAGUAUCAGAGAUAAAGCAAUGGUGUAAAAAAGACUUGCAUCAAUCUCAAGCAAAAAAUAUAUUAACACAGAAAAAGAAAUUUAAACGAAAGAUACCACGAACAAGAUUCAGUAAAAGAAAGAAAAAGUCCAAACAGAAGCAGUUAUCUUGCUUAUGUAACUAUGAAAAUGAAGUUAAACCUCAAAAUAUGUCAUUUUCCAAGAAAGCAGAGAUUGGAAAUAAGAAUUUUACAAAAAAUUUAUUAGAAGAUGUUAAACAACCACAUAUAAAAUUACAAAGAAUAGAUGAAGUAAUCAAUAAAAUAGCACAGUCAUUUGCAAGAGUAACUCCGAUUAAUGAAUGUGAAACAAUUAUUCAAACAGAAUGUGGAACAAAUAUUCAAUCUGAAUGCGAAACAAAUAUUCAAACAAGAUGUGAAACAAGUGUUCAAACAAGAUGUGAGACAAGUAUUCAAACAGAAGAAACUCAAACUGAAUUAAGUACAUCUGCACCAGAACAACUAAAAGUAUCAUCUGUAAAUAUCGAUACAGAUAAAUAUCAACGAAAUCUUAAAACUGAGACAGUAGCAAUUAGGUCUCAUGCAAAUGAGACUCUACAAUUGAAUAAAUGUGCAGAUUCAGAUUUAGAUUUAGAUUCAGAUUCAGAUUUAGAUUCAGAUUCAGAUUUUGAUUCUAAUACUGGAAAUUCUAGAAAUACUAAUGAAAGGAGACAUAGAAUUAUAUAUAAUUCUCAUACAGAUGAUAACAAUCGUUAUAAUAAGAGCAAUGCAAAUAAUGCAAGAAUAAUUUUGAAUAAAUUAAAGAGGUUAAGGAGAAAUUCAUCAAAAAAUACAAGCAAAAUUAACCUAGUAAACGAAAAAUACAAUAUUAUUAAGAAAAGAUGUACAGAUAAAAAUUCAUUGCUUCAAGCACCACAAAAACCAAGUAUAUUAGACCGUAUAUCAGCGCUAUGUGAUCCUGAUGAUGAUGAUGAUAAUGAAAGUACUAUGGAAGGUAAUACUCUCAGUUGUGUGCCUUCAAAAUUAAAUCUUGAAUGUAUUAUAGAAAAUGGUACUUCUGUAAAAGGAAAGAAUGAAGAUGCUAUGACUAUAGAGAAACCAAUUGUAGAAAACAAAAAUAUUGAAGAACAAAUACAAGAAUCAUUUCCUUCCGAUAGAAAUUUUACACAAAGAUAUAAAUUGUUUAAAGAAUUAAAAGUUUUUUUAAUAAAAUUUGAUGCUCUGAAAGACUCCAAUACUACAUAUUCAGCAAAUGAAAUUGAGAAAAUGGCAGAAAGUUUUACGAAUUCUUACGUGAAUUUAAAUUCUUCAAAACUCCAAAAUAGUAAUGAAAAAUCUAUAAAUAAUGCAUCAUUUACUUCAAUCUUUUCAAAAGAUUCUAAUGUUAACAUUGAGAAAUCUACAGAUGCUACAAAACAUGUUUCAAGCUCAAGUAUUGAUAGCAUUCCAAAUAAAGAUGUUUAUACAACUACCAAAAGAACACAAAGCACAAUUAAAUUAUUAUCAAAUUCUUCAGAAAAAUUAUCUCCGAAUUUAAUCAGAAAUGCAAAGAUACAACAAGAGAGGAGUUCACAAAUUCAAAAAGUUUGUCAUAAUUUAACAAAAAUUUUUGAAGACAGUUCUAAAAAAAGGUUUGCACAGAAUACUAUUAGUAAUAUAAAGCAGAAAUUAAUUGUUCCAAUCCCUACUAUCAAAUCUACUUUAUUAUAUUCUUCACAAGAAUCUAUCAAUAAAACUUCUGAAUUAUCAAAUGUGGUAGAAAACAUUGAUAAUAUAGACAAAUCUACUGGUAAAACGAUCUCCUUAAAGAAAAAGAUACCAAAGAUUUCUCCACGUAAGGAGAAUUCUAUGAAAUUGGUUAUUGAUGCAAGAUCUCAAGAACAAGUGGGAGUUGAUACAUCUGGUGUUACUAAUUUCAAAUUGCAUCUUUCAAAGAAAAAUAAAAAACAUGAGUCAGAGAAACAUACAUUUGCACCUAAAACAUGUGGAAAAACUAUGAAUGUUACAACUACUAAAAUAGCUACAAAGAAAAGUGCUUCAACUUCUUAUUCUUCCAUAGUAUCUCCUAAAAGACAUAAGAGACUUAGAGAUAAUCUUGGUUAUAAAUGUAUUGUUUGUGAUUUUUGUUUUGAAGAUUAUUCUGAUUUACAACAACACCUAAUUACACAUACACAAAAGCAAAAUAAUAGUUUAGCAAAUUCAUUGAAAACUUCCAAUAUGUCACCUGAAAAAUCUCAGGACAUGAUAUCUCAAUCCUCAAAAGCAAGGAUAUCAGAACCACCACAAGUGUCAAGUGAGCACAGGAGUGGAGAACAUACAGCAUCACAAUAUGUCACCAAGAAAGAUAAUGGACAACAAAAGAAAAAAGAUGCUAUAACAAAAAGCUCACUGAGUAAAGAAAAGAGGAAAAGGAGGAUUAAGCAUAUUAGUAAUUCAAAUAAGUGUAAUGUUUGUUCAAAACCUUUUGAAGCAAUGGCUGAUUUGGCAGCUCAUAUCUUCUUACAUACAGAGAGAGAAUUGCAACAAGCAUAUAAACUCGCAAAACAAAAAUUGAAUGGAAUAGAAAAAUAUAAACAAACUAGAAUUCAACAAACAGCUAACAGUAUUAAAAAUGUAAAUAGCACUGUAAAUACUGCAGAUAAUAUAAUUGAAAGGACUCAGAAAGUUAAUGAUAAGGAAGAAACGUUGCUUAUACAGAAACCAAAUAAAUCAUUAAUUACAGAAGAUUCAGAAAUAAGAGACACAGAAUCUAUUACUGUGAAAGAAAACUAUUCGCAAGAUAUAGAAUUAUGUCUGCCAGCAAAAUCGAAAAAAGAUGGUAAUAAAAAAUCGUUCACAGUAUGCGAAUGUCAUAAUAAACCAGGAACUAAUGAAAAUUGUUUGCAAAUCGAAAUAGUUCUUCUUUGUCACACUUGCAGGGUGCUAUUUAGAAGUAUGAAAUGUUUCGAAACCCAUUAUCGUCUUCCCGAAUAUGUAAAAUGUAAUCAAAACCACUUAACUAGUGGUCGUUCUCCAAAUUUAUUUUGUGCUACCUGUGGUAUGAUAUUUAGUUCAGUUCAAGAUGUGCGUCAUCAUUUAGAAAUACAUGCUCGUUUUAAAAAAGACUGCACAAUGGAUUUUCGAUGCAACAUUUGCAAGGUUAUAUUCCUAGGAAUAGGAAGUCUUUUUUAUAUCCAUUGGUCAAAGCAUUCCAGAGAUUCUUUUUGGAUGGCUAGUGAGAAAUCAUUUCCAAAAGAUUCCAUAAUAAACUCGAAGCUGAGAAAGGCAGAGAAUUCUUCUACACAAAAUGCAAUGACUUUGAGUACGUGUGUAGAAAAAUACAUUGAAGUAGCAGAACAUGUCUGUUAUAAUUGUAAACUGCCUUUUAUUACUCAAGAUGAUUUAAAGAAUCAUAUUUCAGAAUGUAGAAAAUUUAAGUCAGUUCAAGAUGCAUCUAUUGCAGAAAACUGUAAUACAUAUCUCGCAAUAAGGAUAACUUGUAGUUUAUGUGAUGAUACUUUUAUUAACAAAAAAGCAGAAUUUUAUAAACAUAUAAAAGAUAAACAUAAUUUGAGUAUCGAACCUCGAUUUAUUUGUACAUCAUUCACGGCUGGAAAUAUGGUAUUUAUUUGCAGUAUCUGCACGGCAAUGACUAAAAGUUUAGAUGACUUUGAGGAUCAUUGGUUGAAACAUAAUACAACUCAUGUAUAUUUUACUUGUUCGCAUUGUAGUAAAAUAUAUCACAACAGCUUAAAUUCCUUCAUAGACCAUGCUAAAAGACAUGGUAUUGAUGCUAAUGAUGUAAUGUCCUGUGUAGUAAAUUAUGAACAAACAAAAUUCAGUUGUAAAUUUUGUAAUAUUGGUUUUGAUUCUCCUCAAAGUAUGCAGGAGCAUGCUAUUAUUCAUAACACAAACAGCCAACAGAUAGGUCCUCAGAUCAGUCAAGUUACAAAUCAAAACAGCUCUGCAACAGUAUCAGAGACAGAUCGUGCUUCCAAUUCUGCAAAGCUGGUUGAAUCGACUAUUGAAAAGCUGAUGGAUGGAUCAUUACAAAUGGAGACUCAAACAAUGGAAAAGGCAAGCGAAAUUUGUCCAAUAGAAUCUAGUAUAGACAAAAGUAGGGACGAAUUAAUCAAGAUAUUAGAAGGAAAUGAAGAUGAUUCUGAACAUGAAUUAAUAAUAGACUUGACAAAACAAUCAGAAGAAUGUAAUGAAGGAUUAAAAGAAGAAGGAAGUAAGGAAAGACAGACUACAUCUAAUCUUACAUUAGAUAAAUCUCCUAUCAAUCAAACUUGUGUCAUGUCGGAGAAUAAUAAAGCUAAUGCAUUGGAAACAAAUGCAAAUGUCCAAGUAUCUUCACAAAAUGUUGCAAAAUCUGAAACUCAAAAUGUUACAGAUUCUCUUUUUACUGCUAAAAACAUAAAUCCUCAAAUAUCUAAUUCAAACAUUAAGUCUACAAAUAUUUUGCAAACAAUAUUGGUUUCAAAUAAUGUUAGUAAUCAUAAUAAUCUACUAGAUAUAGAAAAAAAAACAAGUGACCAAUCAAUCACAAAAGAUAUAGAAAGUACACAAAAUGUUGAAGUUCAUGACAGAGUUUCAAUUAUAAAUCAAGAAGAAUCAACAAUUUUAAUAAAAGAAACAUCAGAGAAACAAAGUCCACCAAGACCAAAACAAGGGUUCUUAAGAGUGAAAACUCUUGCAGAGCUUACAGGUUCUGCAAAUUUAUGUGAAUUUAACAAUUGUGCUGUUGAAAACACUAAUGAAUUAGCCAAACACUUCAAAAGUCAUCAUGCUUCGAACAAAGAUAAUAACGAACAUAAAACUACAGAAAAAGAAUUAGUUUCAAAACAAUCUGAAAUAAACAAAUUUAUUGCUAAUAAAAAAUUAAAAAUUGUUCCUAAUACAAAUUCAAAUACAUUACUAUUAUCUUCACCUAAUUCAGGCAAUAUAAAAUUAGUGAUUCAGAAUCCAGUUAUGAAAUCUAAUACUACAGUAAUAAAUAAUCAACAACCACAGCAAUUCCAAAUAAAUACAAAUCAAAACAAACACUCAUCUUCUCUGGAGAAUGUAACAUCAGCAUAUCAUAAAAACUUACCAGCUUGUAAUUUCGUUCGAACAACCACAGCUAUGCCACGUUUUACUAUUUUGAAACCUACCAAAGUAAUAGCACAUACUGCUAAUAUACCGAAUGUACAGAGAACACAUGUAGCAUCCUGUUCUACCAAUGAAAAUAAACAAAGGUCUUCUUCUGCAAAAAAGAAUUCAAAUCGUGCUAUACAUAAGUGUAAUCAUUGCAAUUUUGUUUCAAAUAAUUCUGCAGAAUUCUUAAUGCACAAUUUACCAGGAAAUCAUUCAACUUGUAAGAAGCAAUAUUCGCAAAAUGGUACCCAGGUGCAAAAAAUUAACAAAUUUGAUAAUUCACAAACAAUACCCACAAUUAAUACUAUUCAAAACAAUCCAAAUCCCAAACGAUGUCAACAAACUACUAUGAAGCAACCAGGGAUUAACUAUGCGUCUUCAUCUGUCUGUAAUCAAUAUUCUUAUCUUGCUGCAGGCACUUCGAAUAAUAGUAAUCAAAUGCUUAAACAAAAUCAACCAAUAAUAGCUAAUCAUCCAAUAACAGGAAAUACCACCCCUAUUUAUUAUACAAAACCAAAUCUUAGCAAUGGUAGAAUGUCAAUAGUGAUCAAUCAAACUACACCUACUGUUCAAAAUAUACCCACAAUAGGAAUCCUGCAACAACCAGCGCAGCAACAAAUAUAUCAACAACAGGAUUUAGUUCAAUUUUCUGAAUCGAACGCUGUUUUCCAACUGGCAAAUCAACCAAGUGUUACAACUUAUCAAGUUAGAUAUAUAUGUCCUUAUUGUUCGAAAAAUUUUGUUUCUGAAGACUAUAUGCAAAUACAUAUAAAUAAGCACCACAAUUUUAUAUGUAAUAUUUGUAAUUUGCGUUUAUACAAUUUUAACGAUUUAAAUCUUCAUAAAAUUCAGCAUAAUUUGUUGUAAAUUGAAGGAGUUAAUAUGCCACACAAUAUAUAUUUAAUCCUUUAUUUGCAGAAUUAAGUUGAAUCAAAUGCUAUAUAUCAACUGGCAAACAAUAUGACAUAUUAAAUAAAGAACCAAGUAUUACAACCUAUGAAGUUAAAUAUGUAUGUCUUGAUUGCCUGAAAAAUGUUCUGAAUGUAUAAAUAUUGAACGAUAAAUAUAUCUUGUCGGUGUUCUGCGUUUUCCUAGUUAAUAAUUCGAGUAGCGUUUUACACUUCAUACUCAUCUUAAAAUUCAUACAUUCUUCAAAUUAAAUUGUGAUUGAUUUUAUAAAGAUUUAAAAUUGUAUAAACACAAGCUGCAAAUACGUAUAUACCUUAAUUGUCACUCACGCUAAAAAAUGUACGUCUUUUUCAUUUUUAUAAUUAUUUAUUAUUACUUUUUUUUUAAGUAACAUAUAAUUGUUAUAUUUUUUCAUCGAAUUCAUUGAUAUUAAUAUUUUAUUAUCACGUAUUAUACUUAAGUAUUAUAUUAAUCUCAAUUGUAUCUUAUAUUCAAAGUAUAUAAUGUAAGCAAAAAGAGUACAUAUUGUGCAAUGUACGCGAACAUACAAUAGAACUCUAUUUAUUGGAAUGAAAUUUUAGUUAGUGUUUGAUUAACUAGCAUUCUUGCCAAUUUAAUGUACUUCUUUAAUGAUGAACAUUAUCUGCUUCAAUGAAACGAACGUUCUCAUUUAUAUUAUUGUUUCUAAAUCAGUUAUAAAUAGAGUUCUAUUGUAAUUAGACGAGUAUUGCCGUUUGACGUGUACGAAGUACAAGAUAUUUUUAUAUUCCAUUGCAAUCAUAAUUGUUACAUGAACGAUGUUAAUUAAUAAUAAUCAAUUUAAACGGAUAAACAUGAUGGAUAAAGGAAAUUAAAUGGAUGAUGAUCUUCGAUUAUAUACAUAUAUGCAUGUCUCCUUUAUUCGGCACUUUGAGCUUUUAAUUUUUUUACAAUAAUCAUCACGUCAAUCUCUGUAAUCGGUAGAAAUACAUUUAAUAGAGCAAUAGUUACGAGCAACGAGAAAGAAAUCAUGUUUGUUAACUUAGAACUUUGAAUUUCACCAUCCUUGCUUAUAACUAUUGCACGGGGGGACGAAAUGACCCUGGCGUGAAUUACUAUUUCCAAGAUUAAUUAGAAUCUCAUAUUACGUGUUUUCAUGAGUUGCUACCAAUAAAUCGAAAGAUUAAUUCACAAUACAAAAAAUCAGACAAAAAUCACGCGUAUUUCAAGUUGCAUUGAAAAAAGAAGCAGAGCUUUUCAUCGCGUGAUUGUCCUCAUUUUCGCGUAUUAAAAAGCAGAAGUAUUCGAAUCCUCCACUUUGCGCGUGGUAUGCAUUAACGUUUUAAGUUCCUUGUUAAUUUUGAUUAUUGGUAUUGAAAAAUAAAAAUUAUACUAUAAAAUAAUUCCGAAACAUUUUUUUUUUAAUUUAAUAGCGGGUUAAGAAUGGCGUGCAAAAUCCAAAAAUGAAAAUACACCAGUAAUAUAUACGACAUAUUACGAUAUUCGAUGAUUACAAAUUCGUUAGUUUAGUAAUAACAAAUAUUAAUGGCGAUAAAUACCAUUUUCAGAUAUUUAAACAAUUAAACUUGAAGUGUGAACUUUGUGUGAACUCUAUAAUUUUAUCUGAGCGAACAAACAUGACAAAAAAUUAGUUUUAAAACACGCAAAUGACUGUUAAAACCUCUAUACAUAUAUCGAUUGUAUAUCAAAAAUAAAUGAAUAUAUUCGAAAGGAGAAAA